AUGAUUGAUGUGAGUGUAUACGGAAGUCAUGCAAUGCACGCGAGUGGUUUUCAAAGUAACGAAGCGGGAUCAGAUGGAUAUCCUUAUUUAUCAUCAAAUCAUCAACACCAUUACUACCAUCAGCGCCAGCCAGUAGCAACUGUUGAUUGUGCAAACCCGUCGGACUCCCGAUCGUUCAACUCGCAGAUCCUUGGCAGCAUCAAUAGUGCGAACAGCAACUGUACUAGCUCACCAAAUUACACACAACAGCAACCUUAUUCACAUAGUCAUUUGUACAGUCCUUCCGCGAUAGAAUAUGGUAUUACCACUUCGAACUCGCCGUCGGACCUUUACUUCGAUAGUGAAACUCAGAAUAUUUUCUACAACAAUGGUCAAACCAGUUCUACGCCCUUUCAACAAACAAGGAUUAUUAGUGCAGACAAUGGUUUAAGUUAUACCAAUCUAGAUUACAUGUACAGUCAACAGGAUUGUGGAGACAGCCUGAUUAAUCAAGAAAAUAAGUUGCGCAUACAUCGCUAUGGAACGUUCGGGUUACCCGCCGUUAGCGAUGCUAAUUCCAGUGAACAUUCUGUGAACCAUCAUUCGAUCGCGAACACCAGUUGGUCUCAUCAGCUUUAUGCUGAGAAUAAUGUGCAUCAUGCGCAGCAGAGCUGCGCAACCGGAUUUUCGACGGCGAACGUGCUGGAACCGCAGGUUCUGCACUCGGCCCGCCUAGAAUCCGACAGCAAGCUCGGUAUUACCGACAGCAGCAACAACACCUCCAACGGCAGUGAAAGCAGUAACAGUGCCCUGCUGCAGUUACGGCAUGAACAUCUGCACCAGCAGAGCGGUUCACAUAACGCACCGACCUACAAGUGGAUGCAAGUCAAACGAAAUGUGCCAAAGCCUCCAAUACAAAAGCCACCCUCACAGACUAUACCGGAAUUUCAUAUCAACCAUCAUGUUGUGGAUCCUCUUAGAGGUUUGACGGAACCUAAUAUAGCAGUCGCCACCUCACCGCAUCAAACGAGUUUCCUGAUGAACAGCACCAGUACGGGACGCACAAACUUCACCAACAAACAGCUAACCGAACUAGAGAAGGAAUUUCACUUCAACAAAUAUCUAACGCGAGCGAGGAGGAUAGAGAUUGCAAAUUCCCUGCAUUUGAACGAAACUCAGGUGAAAAUUUGGUUCCAAAACCGUCGAAUGAAGCAGAAAAAACGAAUCAAGGAGGGCUUGGUGCCCAGCGAAGCUCAGUGUCCGUCUCCGAAAGCUAUCGCCAGCGCCGCCGGUUGUCCGACCAGCGAGGGCGGCGGCACAACAGGAAAGGCUCAAAACAACAACGGCGAGAGCAAUGACAAUAGUCGAGAAUCGGCGACUUUAUAA